AGCCGCUUAAAAAAUUAAAAGUAAAAUCUCGUUUAUCUACCGGUUACGUCUAGAACCAUCUAGCGGAAACCGAACAUUCUACAGUCUUCACUCUCAAACACACUGGAAUUAUCGUCUUCCUCUUCCCCAAGCCACCAUCCGCUUUUGAGCUUUUCCCUUCCAGUAUAAAAUAGCGUGCCAUUCCACUUCAAACCAUCUCAAAGAGAAUUGAAAGCUCACUGUGUACUUAAGCAACUCAAAUCGAUUCAAUUUCCUCUGAUUUCAAUUUCACAGAGUACUAUGGCUUCUUCAAUGGCUAUUAGGAGAGCUGCCGCCACGACAUCUUCUCUUUUCAACAAGUUCGUCAACCCAGCGCGCCAGGCAGCCGGCGCUCCUUCUGUUUUCAGAUCCUUCAACACCAAUGCUCAGAUGACGGCCUACGAGGACGAUGACCGUGACGUCGACGUUGAACGCCGCUCAGGCCGAUCUGUCUCUCGCCGCCGCGACUCUACCCCUGGCGUCUUUUCAGAUUCAUUCGAUCCGUUUUCUCCCCCGAGGAGCGUAAGCCAGCUAUUGAACAUGAUGGACCAAUUCCUUGAGAAUCCGCUCGCCGCAUCGUUCGGCGGGUUUGUUCCUGCCGCCGCGCCGAGGAGGGGUUGGGAUGUGCGAGAGGAUGAGAACGCGCUCUACAUCAAGAUGGACAUGCCAGGACUGGACAAGGGCGACGUCAAGGUCAGCGUGGAGGAGAACACGCUAUUGAUUAAAGGCGAAUUGGCGGAAGAGGAGGCAAAGAAGAACGACGGAGAGGAUUAUGGACGAAGAAGGUAUUCAACAAGGCUGGACAUUCCACCGAAUCUGUACAAGCUCGACUCCAUUAAGGCAGAGAUGAAGAAUGGGGUGUUGAAGGUAGCUGUUCCGAAGGUGAAGCAGGAAGAAAGGAAGGAUGUUUUCCAAGUCAAUGUAGAGUGAGUGGGAGGGCUUAAUUGUCACUGAGGCUAUAGAUGAUGGGAUUGCCCCUCAGUGUUCACUUAUUCUUUUGAGAAUUUAUGUUGAAUCCCGAUCUCUGGUUUCUCAAAAUUCAAAAAUAAACAUUUUUGGAUUAUAGGACUUUGUGAGGUAUAUGUCUUCCCCUCGGGGUUGUGUAACAGGCAGAUUUUGAAUUUUUGAUCAAGCAACUUCUUGGUCAAAUUUAACAAAUUCCACUCUUAAUGCACACCUCCCAAAUAUCACACAUUUCUCUUGUCUCCGAAUUGCC